CCCAGGAUGUCUGUGGCGUUCUGUGGGAGCGAAAACGGCUCGGCCGCGUACAACGUGGACGCCGGGGUGCUGAACAACGGCUGCUUCCUGGACGCGCUCACCGUCGUGCCACACGUCUUCCUGCUCUUCAUCACCUUCCCCAUCCUCUUCAUCGGCUGGGGCAGCCAGAGCUCCAAGGUGCACAUCCACCACAGCACCUGGCUGCACUUCCCCGGACACAACCUGCGCUGGCUGCUGACCUUCAUCCUCCUCUUCGUCCUGGUGUGCGAGAUCGCCGAGGGCAUCGUCUCCGACGGGUUCACUCAGUCUCUCCACCUGCAUCUCUACAUGCCUGCAGCACUGGCCUUCAUGGCAGCCAUUACAUCCAUCAUCUACUACCACAACAUCGAGACGUCCAACUUCCCCAAACUCCUGCUGGCGUUGCUCAUAUACUGGGUCCUGGCCUUUGUCACGAAGACCAUCAAGUUUGCGAAGUAUAACGAGCACGGCGUGGGUCUGGGGCAGCUCCGCUUCUGCCUCACCGGCCUGCUGGUCCUGCUGUACGGCCUACUGCUCGCCGUGGAGGUCAACGUCAUCCUGGGCAGGCGCUACAUGUGUUUUAAACACCCCACGGAGGUGAAGCCCCCGGAGGACCUUCAGGACCUGGGCGUGCGCUUCCUGCAGCCCUUCGUCAACCUGCUGUCCAAGGCCUCGUACUGGUGGAUGAACACCUUCAUCACCUCCGCCCACCGCCGGCCCAUCGACCUCAAGGUCAUCGGCAGGCUGCCCAUCGCCAUGCGGGCGCUCACCAACUACCUGCGUCUGCGCGCGGCCUUCGAGAGGCAGCGGGGGAAGAGCUCGGGGCCCCCGCAGGGCUCCCAGUGGAUCUGGCGGGCGUUGCGGGAGGCCUUCGGCCGGCCCCUCAUCCUCAGCAUCACCUUCCGCUUCCUGGCCGACCUGCUGGGCUUCGCCGGGCCGCUCUGCAUCUCCGGCAUCGUGCACCACAUCAGCCGGGAGAACCGCACCAGCAGACCUCCGGUGAAGCUCCUUGGGAUAUACUUCAUCUCGUCGCAGGAGUUCCUGGCGAACGCGUACGUUCUGGCCGUUCUGCUGUUCUUCGCCCUCCUGCUGCAGAGAACCUUCCUCCAGGCCUCAUACUACGUGGCCAUCGAGACGGGGAUCAACCUGAGAGGAGCCAUACAGACCAAAAUCUACAAUAAGAUCAUGCGCCUUUGCACCUCCAACAUGUCCAUGGGUGAGAUGACCGUGGGGCAGAUCUGCAACCUGGUUGCCAUAGACACCAACCAGCUCAUGUGGUUCUUCUUCCUGUGCCCCAAUCUCUGGGCCAUGCCAUUUCAGAUUGUGAUUGGAGUGUUCCUCCUGUACUACCUCCUGGGGAUCAGUGCCUUAAUCGGAGCCGCAGUCAUCGCGGUGCUAGCUCCCGUGCAGUACUUCGUGGCCACCAAGCUCUCCCAAGCACAGAAAAGCACCUUAGAGUACUCUAGUGAGAGGCUGAAGAAGACCAAUGAGCUCCUGCGGGGCAUUAAGCUGCUGAAGCUGUACGCCUGGGAGCACAUCUUCCGUCUCAGCGUGGAGGAGACGCGCCACAAGGAGCUGACCAGCCUGCGCGCCUUCGCUCUGUACACCUCCGUCUCCAUCUUUAUGAACGCAGCCAUCCCGAUCGCUGCCGUUCUCACUACGUUUGUGGUUCACGUGAAUCUGUCGGAGGAGGCCGACCUCUCCCCCGCUGUCGCCUUCGCUUCGCUGUCCCUCUUCCACAUCCUGGUGACCCCCCUGUUCCUGCUGUCCAGCGUGGUACGCUCCACCGUCAAAGCCCUGGUCAGUGUGCAGAAGCUGAGUGAAUUCUUCUGCAGUGAAGAGAUUGGGGAAGAGCAGGAUCCUAAACCCACCACACAAACAAGCUCCACCAACCACAACAAGUACCAGGCAGUGCCACUGAAGGUGGUGAACCGAAAGCAUCCAGCCAGGGAGGACUGGAACAGCUACGGUCCCCAUGAGGGCGCAGCCCCAAGGGCCACAGAGGAGGAGGACAUCUGCAUCAAGAUAAUUAGCGGAUAUUUCACUUGGACAGAUGGAGCCCCCACCUUGUCAAAUGUGGACAUAAAAAUUCCUUUUGGUCAGCUGACUAUGAUCGUGGGCCAGGUGGGUUGUGGGAAAUCCUCCCUGUUGCUGGCAGCUCUGGGAGAGAUGCAGAAGAUCUCGGGCAGUGUCACCUGGAACAGCCAACCAAACCAGGAUUCAGAAGGGGAGGAGAGCCCUACAGAGAAGGACACAGCGGGUGAAGGAGACAUCAGGAAGCGAGGCUCCGUGGCCUACGCGUCCCAGAAGCCCUGGCUCCUCAAUGCGACUGUGGUGGAGAACAUCAUCUUCGAGAUGCCUUUGAACAAGCAGAGGUAUAAGACGGUGAUUGACGCGUGCUCACUACAGCCUGAUAUUGACAUCUUACCACAGGGAGACCAGACAGAGAUAGGAGAACGGGGUAUAAUCCUGUCCGGGGGCCAGAGGCAGCGUAUCAGUGUGGCCAGAGCUCUGUACCAGCAGACCCACGUGGUGUUCCUGGAUGACCCGUUCUCAGCACUGGACAUUCACCUGAGCGACCACCUCCUGCAGGAGGGCAUCCUGAAGCUGUUGAGGGAGGAGAAGAGGACCGUGGUGCUGGUCACCCACAAACUGCAGUACCUCCUGCACGCAGACUGGAUCAUCGCCAUGAAGGACGGGAUGAUCCAGACGGAGGGCACGCUGAAGGACAUCCAGAACAGCGAGCCGGACCUGUUCGAGCAGUGGAAGACCCUCAUGCACCGGCAGGACCAGGAGUUUGAGAAGGAGACCGUGGAUGAGGGUGUGACCGCGCUGGAGAGGAAGAACCUCCGCAGAGCCAUGUACUCCCGAGAGGCUGUGAAGACCGAGGAAGAGGACGAAGAGGACUCGGCGGACAGCGACGAGGAGGACAACCUGUCGCAGGUCCUGCGCCAGCGCGCCACCAUCCCCUGGCGCUCCUGCGGGAGGUACCUGAGCCUGGCGGGCCUCCUGCUCCUCCCGCUGCUCAUCCUCUCCCAGCUCCUCAAGCACUCCUUCAUGGUCGCCAUCGACUACUGGCUGGCCCACUGGACCUCCCACGUCAUCGCCGCCAAGAUCGAAGCCGCCGGUCACAACUGCACGCUGCCACAGAGCUGUGGGUUCAGCCACUCGUCGUACCUGCGUGUGUUCAGCGUGCUCUGCUGCCUGGGGAUCGCGCUGUGUCUGGUCACCUGCGUGGCUGUGGAGUGCACAGGCCUGCGGGUGGCCCGGGAGCUGCACCACGCCCUGCUCAACAAGAUCAUCCUGGCGCCCAUGAGGCUGUUCGAGACGACCCCUCUGGGAAACAUCCUGAACAGGUUCUCUGCCGACACCAACACAGUCGACCAGCACAUUCCGGCCACCCUGGAGUGCCUGAGCCGCUCCACCCUGCUGUGUGUGUCCGCCCUGGGGGUCAUCUCCUACGUCACCCCCAUCUUCCUCAUCACCCUGGUGCCCCUCACCAUCGUCUGCUACUUCAUACAGAAGUACUUCAGAGUGGCCUCCAGGGACCUGCAGCAGCUGGACGACAGCACCCAGCUCCCCCUGCUCUCCCACUUCUCUGAGACUGUGGAGGGCCUGACCACCAUCCGCGCAUUCAGAUAUGAGGCCCGGUUUAGGCAGAGGCUCCUGGAGUACACCGACGCCAACAACAUCUCCUCCCUGUUCCUCACCGCUGCCAACCGCUGGCUGGAGGUCCGCAUGGAGUACAUAGGGGCCUGUGUGGUCCUGGUAGCAGCUGUGGCCUCCAUCACCAACUCCCUGUACAACCACCUCUCCACCGGCCUGGUGGGCCUGGGCCUCACGUAUGCACUCAUGGUGUCUAACUACCUGAACUGGAUGGUGCGGAACCUGGCGGACAUGGAGGUGCAGCUGGGCUCGGUGAAGAGGAUCAGCAGCCUGUUACAGACGGAGCCCGAGAACUACGAGGGUCUGCUGUCAGCAGCACAGGUCCCGGACAGCUGGCCCCAGCGGGGGGAGAUUCAGAUCCAGAACCUGAGCGUGCGAUACGACAGCACGCUGAAGCCCGUCCUCAAACACGUCCACGCCCACAUCCGCCCGGGACAGAAGGUGGGAAUCUGUGGCCGAACAGGAAGUGGAAAGUCCUCCUUCUCCUUGGCGUUCUUCCGCAUGGUGGACACGUUCGAGGGGCGGAUCAUCAUCGACGGCAUCGACAUCGCCCAGCUCCCCCUCCAGACCCUGAGGUCCCGCUUCUCCAUCAUCCUGCAGGACCCCUUCCUGUUCAGCGGCACCAUCAGGUUUAAUCUGGACCCGGAGAGGAAGGCCACAGACUGCAUGCUCUGGGAGGCUCUGGAGAUCGCCCAGCUCAAGACUGUCGUCAAGGCCCUGCCUGGGGGACUGGACGCCAUGGUAACGGAGGGCGGGGAGAACUUCAGCCAGGGCCAGCGUCAGCUCUUCUGCCUGGCGCGUGCCUUCGUGAGGAAGAGCAGCAUCCUCAUCAUGGACGAGGCCACGGCCUCCAUCGACAUGGCAACGGAAAGCAUUCUUCAGAAAGUCGUGAUGACUGCCUUCGCUGAUCGAACUGUGGUUACCAUAGCACACCGAGUCCACACGAUUCUGAACGCCGACGUCGUCAUAGUGAUGAAGCGCGGGAUCAUCCUGGAGUACGACAAGCCGGAAGUCCUGCUGAACCGGGAAGAGAGUGUCUUCGCCUCCUUCGUGCGCGCGGACAAAUGAUCCGACCUUCAAAGUGCAAUUGUACAAGGGAUUUUUAUUUUUUAACCAUGUAUCAUAUUUGUACAUACAAUGCCAAUUCUUUAUUAUUAAAAACGCACAGCCAUCAAAACAAACCUGAAGCGUUUUCCCUGGAAGUCUAAUGAACAGAACGUGCUCCUUUUGAAUUUGGUGGUAUUUCAAGAUAAUAUCUCUCUCACAUUGUGAAAUGGCUUCGGUUCAGGUGAGAAUGCACAAAGCUGAUUUUCAUCCAAGGUCUGACCACCUUCUGAAAAUAUGACUGUACAUAGUUGAAAUUUGAACAGGUAAAUUGAGGCUUUAUAAAUAUUACAAAAUAACAGAAAAUAAAUCAUCCAGAUGCAGGCCAUAAGAACUUAAAUGA